ACUCUAUAUAAAUCUAAUUCCAAAUGCUUACAAUGACUCUAUAUGUCUCACACUAUGCCAAUUUCAAUAACAUAUCACCAAACAAAAUUAGUAGUGCCAACAAUAAUAGCACCUCGUGAGACAAAAUAUCUUUCUGAAAUAGAUGAUCAAGGGAGUACACGUUUUCAUAGUCACAUAUUAAUAUUUUACAAAUACAAUUCCUCAAUGAAAGGAAAAGAUCCUGCAAAAAUUAUAAAAAAUGGUUUGUCCAAAACACUUGUGUUUUAUUAUCCAUUAGCCGGUAGGCUCAUCGAAGGGCCAAAUAGAAAGCUUAUGGUUAAUUGCAAUAGUGAAGGAAUCAUGUUUAUUGAAGCUGAUGCUAACGUGGUGCUUGACAAAUUAGGCGACUCUAUUAAACCACCAUGUCCACAUUUGGAUAUACUACUUCACAAUGUUCCAGGUUCUGAUGGAAUUAUCGGUUGUCCUCUUAUGUUAGCUCAGGUUACUCGUUUUAGUUGUGGUGGAUUUGCUAUUGGAUUCAGAGUUAAUCACACUAUGAUGGAUGCUUAUGGCUUCAAAAUGUUUCUAAAUGCAUUAAGUGAAUUAAUUCAAGGAGCUUAUGUACCUUCUAUACUACCUGUAUGGCAAAGGGAUCUCUUAAGUGCUACAUCAUCACCAAGUAUUACAUGUACUCACCAUGAGUAUGAUGGGAAAAUUGAAUCAAAAAUUGCAUGGGAAUCUAUUGAAUACAAAUUAAAAGAAAAAUAUUUUUUCUUUGGAAAUACGGAGAUGGAAGCUAUUAAAAACCAAGUUUCUCCAAAUUGUAAAAGUACAAAAUUCGAGUUGUUAGUAGCGUUUUUAUGGAAAUGUCGUACCAUUGCUCUCGAUUUGCACCCUGGAGAAAUUGUUCGUUUGACGUUCUUUGUUAGUAUACGUGGAAAAUCACUAAAAUUUGAAUUGCCAUCUGGAUAUUACGGUAAUGCGUUUAUUACUCCAGCUGCAGUAUCAAAAGCGGGAUUGUUAUGUUCAAAUUCACUAACAUAUGCAGUUGAGCUAGUCAAGAAACUUAAAGAUCAUAUGAAUGAAGAGUACAUUAAAUCAGUGACAAAUUUAAUGGUGAUUAAAGGACGACCUGAGUUAUCAAAAUCUUGGAAUUUUAUUGUCUCAGAUAAUAGAUCUGUUGGAUUUGAUGAAUUUGAUUUUGGAUGGGGAAAACCCAUUUUUGGAGGGGUUUCAGAAGCUAUAUCUUACAUUAGCAUUGGAAUUCCUGUUAAUAAUGAAAAGGGAGAAAAGGGUAUUUUAGUAGCAAUAAGUUUGCCUCCAUUGGCAAUGGAAAAAUUUCAAAAAAUUGUUUACAAGAUGACUUUUAAAAAUGUAGAAGGAGCCAACAUAAUUUCAAAGAUGUAAGAUUAUUUUU